AUGCCAGCCCGCGUGUCGGUGCGUGUGUGUGAGCGCGGGCACUCGUGUCUGUGUGCGCCCUUGCUUGCGCUCCCGGGUGUGCCCCGGAGGCGCGUGGCGAGUGUGAGCGCGGAGCCCGCCCUGCGCCGGCUGUAUCCUCGCCUCCACCUCGCUCGCCCCUCCCGUGCUUUCCCCGUCUCUCUGCUCGGUGCGCACGGCCGGACUGCUGUUCUCGCUGGCCACCCUGGGAACCGCCGGCCGCUGCCGCCCAACCCGUGCCCACUGGCUGGGCACCUGUUGGAGGCACUGAGACAGCCAGGGUGCUGCAUGAGGGGCCGCAGGGGUGACCGCAUGGCCAUCAACAUCCAGGAGCACAUGGCCAUCAACGUGUGCCCCGGGCCCAUCCGGCCCAUCCGCCAGAUUUCUGAUUACUUCCCUCGCCGGGGACCAGGACCUGAAGGGGGUGGCAGGGGCUGUGGGGAGGCCCCUGCCCAUCUAGCCCCCCUGGCUCUGGCACCCCCUGCGGCCCUUCUUGGGCCCACCACACCUGAAGAUGGAGCUGAGGUGGACAGCUACGACUCGGAUGACACCACUGCCCUGGGCAUGUUGGAGUUUGACCUUCUCUAUGACCAAGCCUCCUGCACUCUGCACUGUAGUAUCCUCAGGGCCAAGGGCCUCAAGCCCAUGGACUUCAAUGGCCUUGCGGACCCCUAUGUCAAGCUGCACCUGCUGCCUGGAGCCUGCAAGGCCAAUAAACUAAAAACGAAGACUCAGAGGAACACUCUGAAUCCUGUGUGGAACGAGGACCUGAUGUACAGUGGGAUCACGGAUGAUGACAUUACUCACAAGGUGCUCAGGAUCUCUGUGUGUGAUGAGGACAAGCUGAGCCACAAUGAGUUCAUCGGGGAGAUUCGAGUGCCCCUCCGCCGCCUCAAGCCUUCACAGAAGAAGCAUUUUAACAUCUGCCUCGAGCGCCAGGUCCCGCUGGCAUCACCCUCCUCCAUGUCUGCAGCUCUAAGGGGCAUCUCCUGUUACCUGAAGGAGCUAGAGCAGGCCGAGCAGGGACCUGGGCUCCUGGAAGAGCGUGGGCGCAUCUUGCUGAGCCUCAGCUACAGUUCUAGGCGCAGGGGGCUGCUGGUGGGCAUUAUUCGUUGUGCCCACCUGGCUGCCAUGGACGUCAACGGCUAUUCUGAUCCUUAUGUGAAGACGUACCUGAGACCGGAUGUGGAAAAGAAAUCCAAGCAUAAAACAUGCGUGAAGAAGAAAACUCUAAAUCCAGAAUUUAAUGAGGAAUUUUUCUAUGAGAUGGAGCUCUCCACUCUGGCCACCAAGACUCUGGAAGUCACUGUUUGGGACUAUGACAUUGGCAAAUCCAAUGACUUUAUAGGUGGAGUGUCCCUGGGGCCCAGUGCCCGAGGAGAGGCACGGAAGCACUGGAGCGACUGUCUGCAGCAGCCAGAUACAGCCCUCGAACGCUGGCACACCCUGACCAGCGAGCUGCCCGCCGCAGCUGGGGCACUAUCCUUGGCCUGAGUGGCCAGCAGUUGCCUGCACGGGCUCCCAGUACCCAACCUUCGCACGAGUGUGUUGCACGUUUACACGGGGUGGGAGGCCCCUGCCCCGCACUAUCUGUCUUAUUUUUGUGAGAGUCUCUGUGACUGUGGGUAUGUCUUCUUGUGAGGGAUGUAGAGAUCUACACUCACAUAUGCAAAUUCCUCUUGCCUGACUCGCUGUUACCUGCAAAUAUGCAAAUUGUCCUCUGCACACCCAAGGGGAGUGCUGUCCCCAGGUCCCUCUGUGGCCCUCUCUGCACCUCUCUAAGCUGCCCCGGCCUCACCAAUAGGGAGGAGGUCGGAUUAGGAGAGGUUUGAAGGAGAAUGUUUCCAAAAGACAGACAAGUCACUCCUUCAAUACAAGAUUUUCAUUUAAAAAGUCUUAGCCCUGUACAGCUGCCCUUCUAAAGGGGUGGCCACCUCAGGGUGUCGCCCCAGAGGUGGCAGAUAUUCCAGGCCACUCAUUUAAAUAACUGUCCUCUGGAUGGGGCCGGAGUGUGACAACAGGGCCCCUGCCACCCUCCUGGGGGACAUCUGUGCAUGUUUACGCCUUUUCGGAUUGUGUCAGUGGCCAAGCAUGGCAACUGGGCAUCAAUAAACAUCUCUGAGGAA